AUGGCGGCACACGCUCCAGCGCCUGCCCCUGCGGGACCAACACCGGGACAAUUGUUAGGAGCUGUCGUUAAUCCACCUGUUGCUCUUGGUCUUCUUGUCGCUAAUAAAAUCUGGGAUCCGCUUGCCGAUUACAUUGGAUACCCCUGUGACCGCGAGCGUCGCAUCGAUGACCACAAACAAGCAGUGCUGAGGGUGAUAGCGAUGAAGGAUGAUUUUCUUCUUAUAGGGCCAUGUCCCCCAUCUCUUCAGUCAAGGCACUGGAUCAAAUGUGUUGAACAAUUGGAGAAGACAUUUUCAGAAAUCCAGGAAAAGUAUCUCAGGGGCGGUUACUUCAACACAUGCUCGUGUGCUAGAGAAGCCAUCAAAGAAACGAAGCGGGCUGAAGAACUUGCAGGUCAGUACAAAGACCUCUGCAUAGACAUAAAAGCUAGACUACUCCCUGUCAAUGUGUCACAGUGGGAAGAUUUGUCCCUUGUUACUAAUUCAUACAAGGAUUUGGUGAUUAAGUUCAUCAAUGACACAAGUGGAAAGGCCAGGUUGCUGGGCAUCUGGGGUAUGGCGGGUAUUGGAAAGUCUACUUUGUUGAGACAGGUUUCAAAGUCCCGCUCUGAGUUCAUUUCUGACGGGGAUGAUUUGAUUGUGUUAAUUGUUGACACUGGUUCAGACUACUCAGUUGCUAAGGUGCAGAAGUGUCUGAUUGGACUUCUAGGAGUAACAGUAGCAGCUGAUGUUACUGAAGCUGGUGUUGCGCUGGCUAUUUCUAACCGUCUCAGGGGGAUGCGCUUUCUGGUCAUGUUUGAUGAUCUUUCUGGUCCUAUCAACCUUGCUCGAAUUGGCAUACCAGAUGCCCCUCCAGCUAGUCUUAAAUGCCAGAAAGUUGUGUUCACUACACAAAAACAAGCAGUCUGUGCGUCAAUGGGUGCUGAUGAAACCAUACACAUGGUUUGUCCAAGCGAGAUAGAGGCAGAAAAACUGUUCAAUCAUGCCGUGGGAGCAGACAUUCUGAAAGAUAAAAGGAUAUCUUCCCUUUCUCGAGAAGUCCAGGAUGAGACUCAAGAUGCGCAGCAACUACUCCAUGUCCUUCAAAUGGUUGCAAUAAGAGGUUUAUCAAAACUCAGAGAAGUUAAUCUCAAAACCGUGGGUGUGAGCAUCACAUCAAUCAGUAUAUCUGUCUGUCCUGCACUAAUUGAUUUGUCAUGGAUCAAGGAUCUCAUCAACCUUGAGCAACUUUCCGUCACUCAGUGCAGGAUGUUAAACAAAAUACUGUCUCUGGAUGUAGUACAGCAAGACACAAUCAGUAUGCCAAAACUCAAGACUGUUCACCUAGAGGGAUUGGAGGAGCUUACAGUCAUAGCUGAUUUAACCCUUAAAUUGGAUAAUAUUGUGCAUUUUUCAGUGUUCUUGUGCAGCAAGUUAGUUGGCUUACCUGUGGUGGGCGAGCGCAAACCAAAAGUUAUACUGGACUGCGAUAUAAGUUUCUCUGAUAAAAUUUUGCAAGAUGGCAACGAGUCUCCUUACAGCAUAAGAGUGGCUUGA